CAUAACGACAGAGCCUAGAGGGAAACACACAACAGAGAAUGGUAUAAUCCGCGAAGUGAUAGAUAGAAUAUAGAGAGAGACGGAGAAGGGGGAGGUGUUCUAACGUUCACCUUGGGGUCUCCGAUUUGUGUUCCUGUUUCUGAUCAGCUCAGGAACUUUUUUGCGAUCACUGAUUAGCUCAUCCAUCUCUUUUCGAAGUUCUUGUUUGAGGGGUUAAACAUGAGCCUCAGUGGCCCUUCUGUGAGUUCUGGUGGUAGAACUUUUAGAAGGGCCUUUGAGUUUGGGAGGACCCAUGUGGUCAAGCCUAAAGGCAGGCACCAGGCCACCAUAGUCUGGCUGCACGGCCUUGGUGAUACUGGUUCCAGCUGGUCCCAACUCUUGGAGACGCUUCCUCUUCCAAAUAUCAAAUGGAUCUGCCCAACUGCUCCUUCUCAACCGAUAGCCUUGUUUGGUGGUUUUCCUUCUACUGCUUGGUUUGAUGUAGCUGACCUUUCGGAAACUGCUCAAGAUGAUUUAGACGGUCUGGAUGCAUCAGCAGCACAUGUUGCAAGUCUGUUAUCAACAGAGCCUGCUGACAUUAAGCUUGCUGUUGGAGGCUUCAGUAUGGGUGCAGCGACGGCCCUAUACUCUGCAACUUGCUUUGCUCUCGAAAAAUAUACAAAUGGCAACCCAUACACAACCAAUUUAAGUGCAGCUGUUGGUUUAAGCGGCUGGCUUCCAUGUUCAAAGGACUUGAGUAGCAAGAUUGCAGGGAAAGUUGAAGCUGCAGGGCGAGCUGCAUCCUUGCCUGUUUUACUUUGUCAUGGCAAAGGCUCACUCAUUUGCUAUCCAAGAAAGCAAGAAGGCUUAUGAUUUCUCUUCAUAAUGUUUUUGUUGAUAAACAAGCAAAUUGGACUGUAUAGUUCCCACCAGUUGUCUCUUCCAUUCUUUUUUCUGGCUACUGAGGCACAGUUCCACCAUUUCUCUUAAUUUCUUCAAUGUUUUGCUGGCCACUGCCCGGUUUUUCCCUGUUAAUGAAUUUUGACUUGUUACUCUCCCAUUUCACAUUUUUAGUUUUGAUUCAGCCUACUUAAUUUAAAACCUUUGGAUUCUAAUGUGUUUAUUCAUAAUUCAAGUAUAUUAGUCACACUUUCUUUUGUCUCAUCCAUCAAGACAAUAUUAUCUAUGAUUAACAUGCAUCAAGGCACUUCUUGGAUGUGUUUUGUGAGUUCGUUCAUGGUAAGAGAAAAAAGGUAAGAGCUUAAUGCAGAUUCUCGAUGUACUCCAAUUGUAAUUGGGAAAGCUUCAAUAUCUCCUCUACAAAUCCCAACACAUGUUUUCAAUGUACUCCAAUUGUAAUUGGGAAAGCUUCAAUCUCUCCUCUACAAUUCCCAACACAUGUUUUUGCUUGAUAAUACAUGUCCUCAAUAACUUGCCUAUAAGCAAUUUAAACUCCUUUCUUCUCCAACUCCAUUUUUUGAAAUGGUGUUUCUGUGUUUAUAUUUGGAAAAAGGUUCAAGUCGCACCCCCCCCCCCCCCCCCCAACUUUUUCAAUUAGGUCAAUUAAACCCAAAAUUAAGUUUUGGGCCAAAUAAACCCAAACCUUUUGUUUACGGGCCAAAUAAACCCAAUUUUUGCCUGCUCCCAUUCGUGACUUACAUGCCCUGAAUGCAGUGCGUAAGGAGGCUUAGAAAAUGGGCUGAUGAAUCAAGCAAAAACUGUCGACCUCUUUGUCAAAAGAGUCGACCCUUUUUAGCCUUAGAACAAAAACAGUCAGCCGUUCCUAUGAACUAUCGACAUGGCAUUUUCACACUCUUUGUAAUUUUUGUGUAGGUUCAAAAAAUGUUGACCGUCAUUGUAACAUAUCGAAAAUUUCUCAAAAUUCUCGACAUGUUUGAUAAAACAGUUGACCUUUUGCAUGAAACUGUUAAUAUGUUGCAAAAUCUGUCUGCUGAAUUUUUAAAGAAGUUGACCUUUUUUCUAAAGAUGUCAAAAGUUUGCCCUAAGCCAUAAAAUUGUUUUUCCUUUAAACUCCUUUAUAAAAUAAAGGAAAAACAAUAAUGUUUUUGCAAACAAAUACCUUACAAGAGUAGAAUCUUUUGUCUAGAUUGCUGAUACUCCAAAAUACCCAUUUUGGUGCCUUCAUACCACAAUGACAAUACCUAGCACACCCCUUGUAGUUGAAGUUAGGCCGAUUGCUAUUCCGGCAUCGUCAUAAUGUAGUGGAAACACUUGAAGCCGAUCUCACUAGUGAGUCCAUCGAUUAUGUGAUCUUUGAUUUUGGGUGGAAGAUAAGAUAAGUUAGGGCUUUUGUUUUGGGUGGAAGAUGAGAGAAGUUAGGGCUUUUCUUUUCUUUCAUUUUUUUUCGUAAGGUGAGCAAUGCGUGGGAGCCAGGAAAAAAUUGGGUUUAUUUGGUUCGUAAAUAAAAGGUUUGGGUUUAUUUGGCCCAAAACUUAAUUUUGGGGUCAAUUGACCUGAUUGAAAAAGUUGGAGGGCCAAUUUGAACCUUUUUCUGUUUAUAUUUUGUUUUCAUUCACUCCUUCCAUCAAUCUAACCUUUGAUGACUGAGACAUGCUUCCUUCAUCAACCCAACCUUUGGUCACUAACCAGCCAUACUCCAUUGACUGAAAAUACAUAAUACAAAUUCCCUAUCAAAUAUUUUUAAUCAUCUAAUAAAAUACACAAUAUUUUUCUCAAAUAUUAUUUUCAGUUUUUAGUUGGAAAAUCUUGGAAAACAGCAAAUUAUCAAACAUAACAUUCAGCUUCUACUUUUUUAAUAGAAAAUGAAGACUAACACAAAACAAAUAAAAGCUGACAACAACUUCAAACACGCCACAAUUGUUCGGUUUUCCCUCACUAUCAUCCUGCUGUGUCCAGAAAUGUACUUAAUGGUGACAUUCCCCUUUCCCCACCCCAAUAAACACACACACACACACGGCAUAUCACCAGCCCAUUUCCUUUUUAACUUUUUGUACCUUGUCAAUAAUUUGUGUAUUUUCUGUUUUUUUUUAUUAUUUUAAAUCUAGAGUUUUAAUGCCUCACCUGUUGGGAAUAAGGUUGGUGAGGAUGAAAUCUAGAGUGUUAAUGAAUCACUUACAAGUAAAUUUUGUGCAAUCAAUGUUUGCCUGUAGAUACAUUUGAGCAUGUAUCUUCAUUGAGAUUAACUAGUGGACCCAUGACUUCUCUAGUUCUUCACUGCAUAUUCCUUAUUAUCUCCUUGAUAUUGAUGUCUUCAAAUCAGUGCGUGCAUGUGUGAUCUUUAAGUGCUCAAUUAUUCAUCCAUGGUCAAGCAUAGCUGACCAAGUUUCCUAACAGAAAGUCUGAUUUGAUGAGCUUAUUAACAAGUGCAGAAGACCAGUACACAGCCUGUCUUGUCUUAUUGUCCCAUAAUAUUACCCGUCAAGUUUUCUGAUAGUUUGCUUGCAGAUUUUAAACGCGUGUGAGCUCAUAGACAGACAAGCUGGUUUGCUACAUAUGAUAUGAUACUAAAAUUCCCUGCACUUUUUGCUACACCUCUUUCACCUAGACAGACAAAUUGGUUUGAAUCUCAGAUUUAUAACAUUUUAGCACUUGGAAGGAAUGGAAAUGAAUCAAGAAGCUAGAAUAACUCAAAAGGCGGUGCCUGGCAAUUGGGACUGUGUUGUUUCUUUAUUCAUUCUCUUUAUAGAAACAUUACAUCCUAUCAAAUAAAGUAUGAAUAGGUCUACUUUUCAAGUUAACUAUCUUGUUUUCUGGUGAAUAUUAGAGUAGGCUUGAUUAUACAAGGUACCUAGGUCUUUGUCAAAGCUUUUUGGCAAGUGUUUCUUGGCUCAUAAUGGUAUAAACUGAAACCAUGCAGUAUUAAAUUUGGCACAAACUG